CUAAGGCGGCGACGCGGGGAGUCGCUGCUGAGGCGGCCGCGGGCGCCGGUAGCGUCAGCUCAGCUCCGCGCGGCAAAGCCGGGCAGCUGCUGGCGCCUGGCGGUGAGGGCGGGCCCUCGGGGUGAGCGGAAUGGUCCCCACCUAGGGCGGUGGGAGAAGCGGCUGAGCCCAGGAUGCUGGGGAGGCGGCGCGGCGGCUCCUCACUCAUCCCAGGCCUCUGUACUCUCCAGAUUGUGCGAGCAAGAGGUCCAGUGUCCAAAGGGAAUUGACGAAAGAGUGGUAUAGGAGGUGUGCAGGAUGAAUUAGUGGCCUCCAAGUGUGAUAUUGAUCAUCUUUCCGAAGUAGAAUCUCCAUGGCCUGAAUGUUUUCUGAAAAUCAUUUGGAGCAAAAUAUCUGUUUAAUAGCAAGAUAACCACAUCAAGAUGGUUGGAAAACUGAAGCAGAACUUACUAUUGGCAUGUCUGGUGAUUAGUUCUGUGACCGUAUUUUACUUGGGCCAACACGCCAUGGAAUGCCAUCACCGAAUAGAAGAACGUAGCCAGCCCCUCAAAUUGGAAAACACAAAGACCACUGUGCGAACUGGCCUGGACAUCAAAGCCAAUAAAACCUUUGCCUAUCACAAAGAUAUGCCUUUAAUAUUUAUUGGAGGUGUGCCUCGGAGUGGAACCACACUCAUGAGGGCCAUGCUAGAUGCACACCCUGAUAUUCGCUGUGGAGAGGAGACCAGGGUCAUUCCUCGAAUCCUGGCUCUGAAGCAGAUAUGGUCACGGUCAAGUAAAGAGAAAAUACGCUUGGAUGAGGCUGGUGUUACUGAUGAAGUGCUGGAUUCUGCCAUGCAGGCCUUCUUACUAGAAAUCAUUGUUAAGCAUGGGGAGCCAGCUCCUUAUUUAUGUAAUAAAGAUCCUUUUGCCCUGAAAUCCUUAACGUACCUUGCUAGGUUAUUCCCCAAUGCCAAAUUUCUCCUGAUGGUCCGAGAUGGCCGGGCAUCAGUACAUUCAAUGAUUUCUCGAAAAGUUACGAUAGCUGGAUUUGACCUGAACAGCUAUAGGGACUGUUUGACCAAGUGGAAUCGUGCCAUAGAGACCAUGUAUAACCAGUGUAUGGAGGUUGGCUAUAAAAAAUGCAUGUUAGUUCACUAUGAGCAGCUUGUCUUACAUCCUGAACGGUGGAUGAGAACACUCUUAAAGUUCCUCCAGAUUCCUUGGAACCACUCAGUAUUACACCAUGAAGAGAUGAUUGGGAAAGCUGGGGGAGUAUCUCUGUCAAAAGUGGAGAGAUCUACAGACCAAGUCAUCAAGCCAGUCAAUGUGGGAGCUCUAUCAAAAUGGGUUGGGAAGAUACCUCCAGAUGUUUUACAAGACAUGGCAGUGAUUGCACCCAUGCUUGCCAAACUUGGAUAUGACCCAUACGCCAACCCACCUAACUACGGAAAACCUGAUCCCAAAAUCCUUGAAAACACUAGAAGGGUCUAUAAAGGAGAAUUUCAGCUACCUGAAUUUCUUAAAGGAAAACCUCAGACUGAGCAAGUGGAAUAGCAGAGCCAGGAGCCUCUUACACACACGAGGGAAGACUGCUGCCUUUUCAGCCGCAGAGGAAUUUCUAGGCCUGCUGUCCCUGCUGAGAUCAGUGGAGUGUAUGUAUGAAGGCCCGCAUCUCCUGCUCAUUUGCCAGUCUCCUCCUACCGAGAGCGUGGGAUGUCAGCACACAUUUGGACCUUCCUGAGUGACCUGCUUCCCAAGUGCAGCGCUCUUGAUCCUAAUUACAUGCACAGCCCUGUGGAGAAGGAGCCCAGAGGAGAUGUGUGCUUUCUGUUGAAACUGCUCUGGUCUUCACCAUUUCCUACCAGAUUCCAAACGUUGUUUUCAAGGGGAGGGUUUAAAAAUGGUAUUCUGUAAGCAAAAUUGGGCAGUUUCAUCUUGGAGUAGGUUGUCUGUACAUGUUCUAAUGUUUUGUAGAACACUUGUACCUGUUUAAAUGUACUGAUGUGGAUAAUAUUAAAUAUCUUAAUUAUUUAAAUAAUUCAUUGUAUUGUUCCUGAGAAGUUGAGGAAUUACCACAUACAUUUACAACUUGAUGACUUUUGCAUUUUAUUUUUCAAAAUAAAAGCUUUAAAUGUGAAGCAC